GUCUGUGCUGCAGAGCGCUGUACCGUCGCUGGUGUCGGUGCUGGAGAAGGAGGCCAGGGGCUGGUUCCUGCACUUCAGGGAGAAAACCAUCGCCUGCCUCAGGGCCGACGGCCUCACCGACACCCAAGUUGAGAAGGCAGCGACGGAGGCGGUGCAGCAGGAGUACCUACGUCGUGUGUGCGAGGCCAUCAGGAACCACGCGGAGCUGAGCCAGCUCACAGGGCCUGGUACAGACGUCCUGCUGUGUGACCAGCUCACUGCUGCCUCCCUCAUGCUCAGAGCAAGUCGUGCAGCAGAGGAUAGUUUUAACGCAGCCCUCCGUCAGUACGAGCAAGAGCUGCGUGAACGUCAUCCGCUGCUGUCACGGGUGUCGUCCUGGCGACGUCAGCAGCUGCAGGAUAGGACUAAACUCCUGCAGGAGCAGUUCAAGUGGCAACCUCACACCCAGGCACUAGCCGCGUGUCGGGAGGCGGGCUUACUCCAGCACGCAUAUUUCUUACAGAGAGAUCUUGCUUUCAUGAAGGAGAGAGCGCCGCUGCUGCAGAAGGAGUUACAGAGCCUGAAGACGCCAGCACGAGAGUUCCAGUGGCGAAGUCAGAUCAUGACUCCUGAGAGGUACGUGGUGCGGCGCACGUUUCAAGGGACAAGUGAGACCAUCCCUACGGUCCUGAGCUCCGUCCCCACCUCCAUCACGGCCCCCCGGUCCCCUCAUCAGCCUGGAUAUGUCCUAUACAAACAGGUGGUACGCACAACGUCUACGCGGUGGCCGCUAUGGCGCGUAUGCAACGCACUGCACAGGAGCUAUGCGUGGACCUGCAAUGCUGUGUUCUUCUUCGGGCUGUGGGUGCCGCUGUGCUCCUCCCUCAGCCUCAGAGCCCUGUGCUCUGUACAGCCCUUCAUGCCAGACUAUGAACUAUCACAGGUGAACGGAGCAGUGUGCCCCAGCAGAGCGUCCCUGACGCCUACACUAGCACAUCGGCUGCACAGACUCUGGCGCAAGAUCAUCAAAGCUCGCACACACUUCGAGACCACGCCUGACACUGGUUUCAUCGGUAAAGGCAUGUCUCGCCACCUGAACCGCCUCUACAACUACGUCUUGAAGGGCGUCUUCGGCUCCCUCUUCUACGUGGUCGUCUUUCCUGUGCUCUGUGUCGUCGUGUCGCUUGCUUCCAUCCUUGUCGCGCUACUCGCACCAAUCUGGGUGCCGAGUGCCGUGGUGGUAUGCAGCGUACUGUCGCCCCUGGUGUAUGAUUUCGACGCCCCCCUCCCGGAGCGCCGCUGGUUUCCCUACAUCAGGGCGCUGCUGGGCAACAUCCUGCUGGGGGGACUAGUGCAACCCCUAGUGCUGCUAGUUGUGCUGCUGCUGUGCCCUCUACUAGCUCUACUAGUUCUGCUGUUGUCAGUGUGCCGGUACGGGCUGAGGACGGGCUGGGACGGACUGGUCUAUGAAGGACUCAUCAGGCAGCGAGGACGCGUGCCCGCCGCGGACUCCUGCCUCGUCAGGAGGAUCGCAGGGCCAGGACUGCACCAUCACUACUGCUAUCAGGUGAGCAUGGAGCAGGCCUUGGCUGCCCUGGAGGCUCGUCUGGAGCAGGAGCUGCUCGCUGCGUACCAGCUCUCCAUGGAGCAAACUAUUGCACAACCGCUGCUUGUAUACGAGGAUUUUUUGCGAACGAUAUUCGGUCCCUUCGGAGGAGGUAGUGGUGGGGCUGUAGGCGCUUACGAGCGCGUCCUGCGGGAGGUUAAGGACCUCCAGCGCGCCCUGCACGAGAAGGUCGACGCUAGGAAGAAGGAACUACAGCUCGGCCUGCACCCUGACAUACGGACGCGUUUAAAAUUGACAACGAGAGAACUAAAAGCUACCCUGAAGCAGGCGACCGUGAUGCUAGAGCACCUCUACCCCGAGACACUAUUUCCCUUGAUGAUCGCUGCCCCGCGGCCGCCGUUGCCUUCGUCUGACCAGCAGAGCCGCAUUGACAGCGGCAUUUCUACCGGCGGAGACGUCGACGAAGAUGGCAUCCUUAGUCGCGGCAGCUUGAGUUGCGUGGGCGAAGAUGCGCGACCGAGGAACAUUGUUCCUACAUCAGGAGCUUUCAACUCUCUGAGCUUGGCUGGUCACGGCAAGAACCUCGCAGGUGCUAGCAAGCAAGGCAGCAACGCAGGUAACCGGCUUGCUAGAGGUUGCAGCGAAGACUCAGCUCAUAUUUUACGCGAUACCGGAGUACCUAGUGCCACUGACCAGCCUCCUGAUGUGGUAUCAGUGGAAGGCGCUAUCAGUUUUGAGAGCAGCCGAGGUAGAGGGUCUGAUGUCCAGGUUCUCGGCAGUAGCCCUUCCCGAGGGUACAGCGAAGAACGUUUACUGAAUGAAAGUCGGGAGGUGCUUCUAGGACCCAGGGACAGACAAGACGUGAGGGGAAGUCUGGAAAGACGCGUGUCCUCGCAGCAGAGUGAGAUGGUAUCCUUGAGGAGCAGUAGCCACAAAGUUGGAGGCCGGUUUGUUUCUGAGGAAGCCUGGUGGGAUGGUCGUGGUCUACAGCCUGGCGACUAUCCUUCUCUCGCCGCGCUGCUCUUCACCGAAAUAUUCAGCGCUGAUUUCCUCACUCCAAUGGACGAUGAAGAUACUGCUUUUCAAAUCGAGUGUUCUAACGUUAAUUUAUCCCGCUAUACCGACAUGCUUAAACAGUGUCCCGAAAGACCUGACCUCGACCCGCUCCUUACUGUACACAUUCCUCGUGGUCACGCCAUACACGUGACGCCUCCAUACCUCGACUUGUCAUGCUUCAUGCCCCUCAGCCGACAUACCACGUCACAUCCUCCUCAUGUCAAGGGAUCUAAAGCCGCCCUCUGGGGCACACACAUCGCUGAGCGCCUCUCUCUCCGCGCCCGCCCUCAUCACCCUGCUGGUAGCGGCAGAGGCGGCAUGAGUGGUGAUGAUGGCCGUGGAGUGUUCGAGAGUCCGCUCGUCGUGCCACCGCCGGUGCCACAUCCUGCAGUUAUCGCCGUCAUAAUAUACAACAGAGAGGCUAAUGAGCCUCUACAACUCUCCUGUCCCGACACGCGAUAUGUGUUGCGGUGCAUGGAGGAGUGUGUGAGGAGGGACCCUGCUGCUGGGGGGCACAAGGGGCGCAGGAGCCCCUGGGGCGUCGAGGAGACCAGCGGCUCCUCUGAGUCUUCCCCUCCUUCCUCCCCGCCAUCCAUGGAUGAACGAGCUUCUUAUGCACGUUGUCCAGACGGUGGCUCGCGUUCGGCUACCUUAGCGAUGUCUGAUGCUCUACAGUCGCCCUCCAUUAGCGGCGGCGCUGGAGGCUCGCAAAUGUCCCCCGACUCCCUGCGACAUUGCCUGGACUCUAACCCCCUGCAGUCGCUGCUGGAGUCGCACCCUCCGUUCUCUGUAGCCCUGGACCUCGCGCCCCCUGAGGACCCCCCAGCCAACGAGUAUGAGGACGCCCUCAGGACGCUCCAUGCCACCGACUCCUUGGGGUCUCGUGGUGGUCGGGGGAAGGGGGGUCGUGAUCCCACGCCCGUGUGAUGCUUACGAUAAUAAGAUAAUAAUAUUCAAUGAUGCACAUAUACACUCUGGGGUUUAUACACUCUGGUGUGUAUAAACUCUGGUGUAAAUACACUGCGAUGUAUACGUGCGGCAACACUUCCUCAAUAAUUAAUAUAUACACAUGUAUAUAUAUAUAUACUGGUGUAUAUAUUUAUAUAUAUAUAUACAUGAUGUUUAUAACUCUGGUGUUUGUGCACUCUGAUGUGUUUACACUCUGGUGUUUAUACACUAUGGUGUGUGUGUGUAUAUGUCGUGCCGUAAUCGCGGAAUUGUAGACUAUGGAAUCGGCAGCCAGUUACCGAAUCUGUAGAAUCAGCAUUUCUAUACUACGGGAAUCUGGGAUUAGGUCAGUCAGUCAAGUUUUUUUUAAUAUUUAAAUAUAAAGGAACUUGACCUAACCUUCUCUAACUCUAACUAUCGGUUUAUAUUCUAACUCUAACGUUCGAUUUUCUAAAUCGGCAAUUCCGCAAUUUCUCCACGACAUAUAAACUCUGGUGUGUAUGAGUAUUAAAGGCUCAAAAAAGAUCAGUGAAGGGAGUUUCAAAGAGUCAAAGCUCCAACUCCUGUGUGGUAUUCCAUAAUGUAUGACUUAUAGUGUUUCAGUAAACUCCCGUGUGAAAUUUUAACGGAGUCUAGGCUGUCACUCCGAUUUGAUGGCAAGCAUAUGAUUUUGAUUGACCUAACCAAGUCCAGUGUGUAAAGUUAAACGAAGUCAAGGCUGUUGCUCCAUUGUAAUGCGACUGGAUUAUGCAACUGUUGUUCGUGUUAGUUUAACUUAACCAGAUUAUCAUGGCUUUGCCUAAGAAAGUUAGAAGGAGCUAAACCAUGAAUGAAAUUUGCCAUAAAACCUACAAAGGACCUCCAGAGUUUCUCUGAUGAAGCGACGUUUAUUUUUUAUUUUUGGUUAUCGCGAAAAAAUUAUGUUCUGGAUUUUACUUUCGAAAAUUUAGCUUCUUUGAGAAAUCGACGUUGUAUUUUGGCCAUUGCAUUUCAAUUGCUUUAUCAAAUAAUUUAAAUGGAAUGUAAAUGUGAUUUCAAUCGUUUUUUCUUUGCCAUAGGAAAUGGCUUGAAUAUUUAAAUUGUUAUUAAAAAGAUCUGUAUCGAACUGGUAUUUCAACUCGAUUUAAUGAGUUUUAUUAUAUCAGUACUAGUUAUUGAAUAAGAACUACAUUUAAUCUCAGUUUUUUUAAGAUUCUGGGUCAUGUUUAGGCCCAUCCAUUUCACAAGACAACUCGGAUCUUAUCCUCAUACAUGACACUGAAGUUGCCAUUGAUAGCAAUUAUAAAAGAAGUAACACGCAUUUCAGAGGCGAUGCUCGCUCUAUACCUGCUCUGCCCGCUGCUGUUAUUCGUAUCCAUUGUACAAGUUGGCUUUGGCCAUCCAUUGUACAAGUUGGCUUUGGCUAUCCACUGUGAAAGUUGGCUUUGGCCAUCCAUUGUACAAGUUGGCUUUGGCUAUCCACUGUGAAAGUUGGCUUUGGCUAUCCAUUGUAUAAGUUGGCUUUGGCUAUCCAUUGUACAAGUUGGCUUUGGCUAUCCAUUGUACAAGUUGGCUUUGGCUACCCAUUGUACAAGUUGGCUUUGGCUAUCCAUUGUACAAGUUGGCUUUGCCUAUUCAUUGUACAAGUUGGCUUUGCCUAUCCAUUGUACAAGUUGGCUUUGCCUAUUCAUUGUACAAGUUGGCUUUGCCUAUCCAUUGUACAAGUUGGCUUUGGCUUUCCAUUGUGCAAGUUGGCUUUGGCUCGACUGCGUUCAAUAAGGAUAUUUCAAUUCAGCAAAAAAUUUCAUUUCGGUCUCUUUAGCGAACACACCUCACAUGAUUUUUCUUACCAAAAAUGAACAUUUCUAUUGAGUUGUUUAUGCAUUAAUUUGCUUUCCGAAAUUUGAAUAGCUUUUUGGCUCGAAAUUUGUAUUUCAAAAACAGCACUACAUUUAAGUUAUACCGUAUCUAUUAUUUAAUUGGUGCGUCAUCAGAUCUUAUAAAAUUCAUUAUUUCAUUGACAUUUUUCACUAUUUAUAUUGAAACGGAAACAUUUUGAAUGAAAUGAUUAUCGUCUUUUGGUUAAGGCUAAAUAAUAGAAAAAACAGUUGAAAGGGCAACCGUGAUAUAUACUGUCACGUAAGUAUAUAUGACAUGCGUGGCAGUAUUGUAGGAGUAUAUAUGACGUGCGUGGCAGUAUUGUAGGAGUAUAUAUGACGUGCGUGGCAGUAUUGUAGGAGUAUAUAUGACAUGCAUGGCAGUAUUGUAGGAGUAUAUAUGACAUGCGUGGCAGUAUUGUAGGAGUAUAUAUGACGUGCGUGGCAGUAUUGUAGGAGUAUAUAUGACGUGCGUGGCAGUAUUGUAGGAGUAUA